GACAUAUCUCCAGGAUGUCUUGGCAAAUUCAAAGUUUGCUAAUAUCAAGAAUUGUAUGCACAUUAAGAACUACACUUUGGAGCUUGAUUUUGAUAUUCGUCUUUAGCUACUUCCUAGAGAAACAUCUCAAACCCAAAUUUGCUAAACUAUAUAAUAAUUAUUUACCAAAUUUCUGUUUACCCAAUGAUUUUUCUGAUAUUUCUUGCAAAACCAUGACAAGCUUUCACAUUAAACUGCUGUCUGACAAAAAUGUUGUUCUUGUAGAGGCCCCGGGCCACGAGUCGGAGAUCUUUCUACCCGAGAUACACCUGAAUAACAUCGUGCUGGAGAACAUUAUACGUAGUCGUCGGCCAUUACCCAAAAGAUCCGAUGUUUGUGUGGAAUCCACCCAGGGACAAGUUAAAGGCCAGAUCAUCCGGCGCCCACAGAUUCAGCCGCGUUUGACGACGGCGACGGCUGGUCUGGCCCCCUGGGAUGCUUCCAUCGAUGGAGGUCCAUUCACAAGAGCCGCGGAUGAAGAAUCCAGCCCCCAGCAAUUUUCCCUCAAGCUUAUCUCAAACGGCAGCGAGGUGCUAGUAGAGUGCAAUGUCCUCGAAUCUGAGAUUUUUAUACCGAAAUUUUGCGGACAAUACAUAGCCAUGAAACGCACCACCGGUCACCGUUUGCAGUCUUCUCGCCUACGAUCCAAAUCCCACAUCUUAGCAAUCCAACCUCCUAAAGGCGACCCCUUAAGACUGAAUCCUAAGCACUUUUUCGCGAAGGCCAAAUUUAAUAUACAAGUGGAAAACUCUGUCAAAUCAAGAAAAAAAAUGCAAAAGAAGCGCCUUAAACGGGAGCAUCCUAAUAACUCUGGAGCCGGGGAUCAGAAAUUUGGGAAAUUUUUAAAGUGAUACCCUUUUCCUAGAAUCAACAACGAAAAACCAAUCAUUCUUACCUUAAUUAAAUGAUUUAAAUUGCCCCAAAAUUGAGGCUGAAUCACAAUGGCCUUAUAAAGAUCGUU